CCCCCGCCCCAGAGAGGCCCCCAGCCUGCAAGGCCUGCGCCCUGGGAGGGCGGCGCUACAGACCGGGCACCCUCAAAAGGAGGGCUCUUCGGGCAGCCCGACAGAGCAGUGUCCCCGGCUCUGGCGGGGGCCGAGCCGUCCGUGCCGCUGUCCCCGGGCCGGCCGGGCCCGCAGCCCACCGAGGGGGGGCCCUUCAGCUGCACGGCGGGCCGCAAGGACAAGGCAGUGGAUCCCGUGGAGUGGUCGGUGCGGGACGUGGUCGAGUAUUUCACCGAGGCCGGGUUUGCUGAGCAGGCAGGGGCCUUCCAGGAGCAGGAGAUCGACGGGAAGUCGCUGCUGCUGAUGCAGAGGGCCGAUGUGCUCACGGGGCUCUCCAUCCGCCUGGGCCCAGCGCUCAAGAUCUACGAGUACCACGUGAAGCUGCUCCAGCGCAGCCACUUCCAGGAGGAGGAGCCCCCCCCGGAGCCCUUCCCGGCCUGAGCCCCCCUGCCCGGGACCCCCUGAACCGGGGGACACCCCCCAAAACAGGGGGAGACCCCCCCAAAACUCAGGGGAGACCCCAGGAUCCAGGAGGGCUC